UUACCUCUCCAUUUACAGUUUAGUUUAGUCAUAGCUGGUAAUGAACUGUGGCCCAUGGAUCGGCCAGAUGGUAUGCCAAACAUAGUUUCACUGGAGGUCAUGUGCGGUAAGGAUCACAUGGAUGUCCAUUUGACGUUCUCCAAUCCCUUCGAAGGCAUUGUCAGCUCCAAAGGACAGCACAGUGAUCCACGUUGUGUCUAUGUGCCGCCGUCGACGGGCAAGACGUUCUUCUCGUUCCGCAUCUCGUACUCACGCUGCGGCACCAAGCCGGAUCUCAAUGGCCAGUUCUAUGAGAAUACGGUAGUCGUGCAGUAUGACAAGGAUCUGCUGGAGGUCUGGGACGAGGCGAAGCGCUUGCGCUGCGAGUGGUUCAACGACUAUGAGAAGACCGCCUCCAAGCCCCCAAUGGUAAUUGCCGAUUUGGAUGUAAUACAGCUUGACUUUCGCGGCGAUAAUGUCGAUUGCUGGAUGGAGAUACAGCAUGGCAAGGGACCCUGGGCGCCGCCGGUGAGCGGGAUAGUCCCCCUAGGAUCGACGCUCACCCUGGUCGUGGCCAUCAAUGACUAUCGCGGUGAAUUCGAUAUGCGCGUCAAGUCUUGCGUCGCCUCGGACGGAUCGGGACACGUGAUCAAUUUGUCGGACGAGUUUGGCUGUGUGCUGCGUCCCAAGAUGAUUUCGCGCUUCCUGAAGGCGCGCGCACCCGACGAGCGGGCAACGGUGAUUACGUAUGCCUUCUUCCAUGCCUUCAAGUUCCCGGAUGCGCUCAGCGUGCACAUCAAGUGCAAGGUGGAGAUCUGCCGGCAUGGGUGCCUGGAUCACUGUCAGAACACGGCCGCCGGCGAUGGACUGGGCCCGGCCAUUAGCAAUGCCCACGAGCGCAAGGAUGUGCACAUUGGGGAUGCGAUGGGCAGCAGCAGCAACAACGAUCUGCACAGGGAUCUGGCCAUGCCGCCGGCUGGCAUGGGCCAUGGCUCGCAGAGCCAGAUACACCAUGGCCUGGGCAUGGGCAUGGGCUCAUCGAUGGGCAUGGACCAUGACAUCUUCUACGAUGACAUCAUACACGAUCACAAGCAGAACAUGGGCGGACCUGGCCCAGAUCUCUACGAGGAGAAGAGCGGCAGCCUGCAGCCACGGCCCGUGCACGAGGAUCCCGACGAGGAGGUCGAUCUCUCCGAUUUGUUUGGCGACGACGAUCUGGAUGGCGACGGUGAACGGUAUUUGGGCUUGAAGAAGAGCGGCAAAUUCCCGCACGGACCACGCCAGCUGGAGGCGCAGAAACGCAUGGGCGUGCCCAUGGCCGGGCCACGCUCCCUGGAGCCCAAAUCGGAGCUGGACGAUGUGCCGCGCCCCGUUUACCGGCCGCAAGCCGAAGCGCUGAAGCAGCCGCGCGAGGAUCACAUCGAUCUGGACGAGCCGAUGGCCAACAGCUCCGCGGAGUCCACAACGACAGCGUCGCCGUCGGACAGUCAGCGGCGUCGCCGACGUCGUCGAUCGCUGGUCAUCUCCGAUCGCAAGGUGCGCAGCGCCGAUGUCGGAGUCAGCGGGCUGUACGACGUCAUCUCCGAGGCGGAUCUGGCCUUUUCGCCGGACUCCAAGCAGGAGGCGGUCACCGUCUUUCAGGGCAAGAUCAGCGAGGAGGUCGUCUAUGGCAUCUGCAUGCCGGUGCCGGGCUUCAGCAUACUCUUCAUUGUGGUCAUCUCGGCGACCAUUGUCUCGGCGCUGAUUGCCGGCUCGCUGCUCUAUCGCUAUCAGCUGCAGAAGGAGGCGCUCGAAAAGCACACGCCCAUGCCGGUGCCGGGCACCCUGGCCUCCUGGAUGACGUUGCGACUCUUCCGCUUGCGACACCUGCAACAGCAACAGCAGCAACAGCAGCAGCAGCAACAACAACAGCAGCAGCAGCAGCAGCAACCGUUGCCCACACCCGUUGCUGGCCAUGAAACGGUGCAGUGAGCCGAUUGCGAUCAGAGACCAAGACACAGCCCCCCCACACAUCCUUGCCCCCUUCCUUGCUAUACCCUAGAUCGUAUCCCAAAACGUAAUUAAUUAAAUAAUUUAUUUUUUUUUUUUGUAUUUUUUUUUUUGUGUAAACACAAAGAGAAAUGCCCAAUUGACUGGCAGGUUUUGCACCUGCGCCUGAUUCGAACUCCAAUUCAGCACACUUAGAAGCAAAGAAAGAGUAAGAGAUAGAGAGAGAUAGAGUGAGAGAGUAGC